GUACAAUAUUUUUAGCAGCUGCCUGCACUUUGAGGCAAUGGCAGGGCUAUGUUUUGGUGUUUUACGGUGGGUAAUAUUAAUGACAUGUAUUUGGUGUACAACAUCCAAACCAAGUCGUUUUGCGAAUGAAAAACCACAAAAAGAUGCGGCCACUGCAAACUGGUUUAAGAUGUUUAAUGCCAAAUUCAGACUUUUGGAACGAAAAAUUGAUUUGGAUUUUAAGAUCUUAGGCCAAACUCUUAGAGAAGAGCUGAAGGGCAGGACAGGCGGCGGUGGGGGACCGUGUCUACCGAACACUAAUGGAAUGGAAGAGGCUAUUUCUCAACUCAAGUUUGAAAUCCAAACACUGCAAAUAGAUAUGAAGCAAAUGGCUUCAAAUCAAUUGCGGUUUGAAGCCAGCUUCUUGUUAGCUUUGGAUAAUAGUACCGCUACAUUGCAGAACAAGUUCAACGACGUGUCCGAAGUUUUAGUGGCGGUGUCGAACAAUGUGGAGAGUUUGAACGGUUCCAUUUCCGCCUUGUCCGAUACAAUCGACAACCUCUCGAUGGAAAGCAGAGUGACCACACCAGCACCGACACCAAUUUUGCCUGGUACAGUACGUCUGGCGGAUGGCCCAUCGAUGAUGGAAGGCCGUCUAGAGAUGUACUAUAAUGGAGAGUGGGGGUCUGUGUGCGGAAAGGACUUCAGUCUGAAUGAGGCUAUAGUUUCCAGUAGACAGAUGGGUUUCAGACUUGAGCGCUAUGAGAUGGGAUAUAAUGUUGGAACUGGACCUGUAUGGGGCCCGUUCUCUUGUUCUGAGGCUCGGACCGAAAGUGGUCUGUUAGACUGUGAUCACAGUACAGUCGAGAGCGGGUGUAACCACGGCCAAGACGUGUGGAUGGUGUGUACGCCGGACUCGGGAAGCACCACUCCGAGUGCUGCCGAGGGUGAUGUCCGCCUGAUCAAUACCAAGGAUGGCACUGCCGGGUCAGGGAGAGUGGAGAUCUAUCAUGAUGGAGUCUGGGGCACAGUGUGUGAUGAUCGCUUUGAGCUGGUUGAUGCACGUGUCGUAUGUAGGCAGUUAGGAUACAGCGGUUCAGCUACAGUACGAACAGAAGCCUACUACGGCCAGGGCAGUGAUCCUACAUGGAUGGAUGACGUCAAUUGUAGUGGAGACGAGGAUCAGUUAGCUGAUUGUAGUUCCGCGGGAUGGGGCAUAGAAGACUGUUCCCAUGGCGAAGAUGUAGGUGUUGAGUGUGAAACUCAAAGCACAACGUCAACAACAACUACAACUACAACACCAUCAGAUAGUGAAGGACGACUCCGACUUGCGGAUGGUUUAACACCUUACGAGGGUAGAGUUGAGAUUUACCACGAUGGUAGGUGGGGUACAGUGUGUGAUGAUGGAUGGGACAACCAAGAUGCUGGGGUCGUCUGUCGACAGUUAGGAUACAGUGGUGGUAGCUACACGCGAGAAGCCAACUUUGGACAAGGUCAAGAACCCACAUGGAUGGACGAUGUAAACUGCGUUGGAACAGAAUUACGGUUGGACAGUUGUCCAUUUCCAGGCUGGGCAGUUGAGAACUGUGGACACAGUGAAGAUGCUGGAGUUAGGUGUGACCCUCCUUCAUCAACACGUGAGCCCCCUACUACAACACCAAGAAGUGGUGGCGUUAGAGUACGUUUGGUAGGAGGGUCUAGCGAUCGCGAAGGGCGCGUGGAGGUGUUCCAUGAUAAUGAGUGGGGUACUAUCUGUGACGAUUACUGGGAUAGUAACGAUGCUACUGUGGUCUGUAGGAUGCUUGGAUACACAGAGGGUAUUCAUAAACGUGAAGCAUACUUUGGUGCCGGAAGUGGCCAGAUUUGGUUGGACAAUGUCAAUUGUACUGGGAGGGAGACGAACAUUGGAUCGUGUACACACAGGGGCUGGGGAGUUGAGGACUGCAGUCAUAGCGAGGAUGCCGGUGUCGUGUGUUCAGGUAGUGGCGGCGGCGGUGGUGGUGGGAAUGCUUCUAUUCGUUUGGUAAAUGGUAACGCCAAUUCUGGACGAGUGGAAGUUUAUCACGACGGGCGCUGGGGGACAGUCUGUGAUGAUAGUUGGGACGAUCAAGAUGCGACUGUCGUAUGUCGAACGUUAGGACUGAGCUUGCCAGGGACGGCUCACAGAGAAGCUCACUUUGGCGAAGGUGAAGAACCCACAUGGAUGGACGAUGUAAACUGUGACGGAACCGAGUCAUCGCUGUUUGACUGUUCGUUUGGUGGAUGGGGUCAAGAAAACUGUGGACACAGUGAGGACGCUGGGGUGACGUGCGGGGGUAGAUCGGAGGAAAUUCGCCUUGUAAACGGCCCUACACCACACGAGGGCAGGGUUGAGGUAUACCAUGACGGACGCUGGGGUACGGUUUGUGAUGACUUAUGGCAUAAUGAGGAUGCCAUUGUUGUAUGCAGGAUGCUGGGAUACAGUGGGAACGUUGGCAGGGCCUUCAGUGAAGCCCGUUAUGGAGAAGGCUCGGAACCAACUUGGAUGGACGAUGUGGAGUGUACAGGGUCUGAAUCUAGUUUAUUUGAUUGUCCAUUCAGAGGUUGGGGUUCGGAAAAUUGUGGACAUAGCGAGGAUGCUGGCGUUUCAUGUCAAGACGGGGACGCUCCUACAACGCCGCCUACUUCCACAACAACACGAAGAGGCGAAGGGACAGAAGGGUCUAUCCGCCUUGCUGGUCGAGACAGCAGUGAUAGGGUUGGGAGAGUGGAAAUCUUCCAUGAUGGACAGUGGGGAACUGUUUGCGAUGAUAGUUGGGACAAGAACGAUGCGAAUGUCGUCUGUAGGCAGCUAGGACAUGGAGAAGGUAAAGCAGUCCCACAGGCUAGAUACGGGGAGGGAACCGGACAAGUAUGGAUGGACGAUGUGGCAUGUUCUGGAUCUGAGACGAGAUUAGCCGACUGUCCUUUCGCUGGCUGGGGUGUAGAAAACUGUGGGCACGGAGAAGACGCCGGAGUGAUGUGCGAGGAAGUUCAGGACCCCAUGUUUGAAGGCAUUCGACUGGCUAAUGGCAACAUCACCGGAGAGGGACGGGUGGAAAUCAACAGAAACGGAACUUGGGGCACGAUUUGUGAUGACGACUUUGAUAAUAAAGCAGCACAGGUCGUUUGUCGUAUGUUGGGAUGGCGGGGUGGAAUAUAUUUUGAUGAAGCUACUUUUGGUGAAGGAUCUGGACCAAUUUGGAUGGACGAUAUACGAUGCAGUGGUACAGAACAAACCAUUUUUGAAUGCCGUUUCCGCGGAUUUGGUGACACAAACUGUGGACACGAUGAAGAUGCUGGUGUAAGAUGUGAAGGUCCCUUUUGAGGAACGGAUCCAACAUCCAUACCGCACACAACGACACCAGUAACGUAUCCAGAUGACACCUCCACCACCAUGACUUACUCAACAACACCCAUGAUUAAUUCAACGUAUAAUGAUGGUGAUAUACGACUUGUGAAUGGUGGAACGAUGUAUGAAGGCCGUGUGGAAAUCUACCACAAUGGAGUCUGGGGAACUGUUUGUGACGACGAAUGGGGGAACCAAGACGCCAGGGUUGUUUGUAGACAGUUAGGGUACCGGGAUGGGCUAUCUAGAAGGGAAGCUGCCUUCGGUGAAGGCUCCGAACCAACCUGGCUCGACGAUGUUGGAUGUAGCGGUUACGAGGAAAGACUUGCGGAAUGUUCGUCCAGAGGAUGGGGAGUAGAAAACUGUGGUCACAGUGAGGAUGCUGGCGUGGUAUGUUUGCCCCCUUUGUCGGCAACCACAACCACAACCACAACCACGUCGCGCCCAACCACUUCAUCCAGCACGCAACCAUCAGUGCAGGAGGGAGAAUUGCGAUUAGUUAAUGGUCCUACGGAACUGGAGGGACGACUGGAGGUUUAUCAUGCAGGUCAAUGGGGAACGGUGUGUGAUGAUGGCUGGACUAUGAACAAUACUCACGUUGUUUGCAGACAGCUAGGACACAGUGCCGUGAAUUAUGCGAAGGAAGGAAGCUAUGGCGAAGGUGAAGAACCAACAUGGAUGGAUAAUGUCGUUUGCCGAGGGGAUGAAGACAGACUUAUAGACUGUACGUUUGGAGGAUGGCAGAACGAAAACUGUGGUCAUAGUGAAGAUGUAGGAGUCAAAUGUGAACAAGAUGGAAUGACUACCCCCGAGGUCACCACCCCAGUCAUUACAUCAUCAACUGGGACUUCCGAAGGAUCCAUACGGCUAGUAAAUGGUGGGACACAGUAUGAAGGACGUGUGGAAAUCUACCAUGCGGGACGCUGGGGAACGGUCUGUGACGAUUUGUGGGAUGGAAAUGAAGCAAGAGUUGUAUGUAGGCAGCUUGGAUACAGCGGAGGAAGUCACACGCGAGAGGCGAGCUUUGGUCGAGGAGUAGAACCGACAUGGAUGGACGAUCUUGAGUGCACUGGAGACGAAUCUAGACUGAUGGAUUGUAGAUUUCCAGGAUGGGGGACAGAAAACUGUGGUCAUAGCGAGGAUGCUGGUGUAAUAUGUUCUCCUCCUCCCUCUACUACUUCGCUGCCGUCAACUACCACACAACCAUUAAUUCAGGAGGGGGACGUACGCCUAGUUGACGGCCCGUCUGAGAUGGAGGGAAGGGUUGAAAUAUAUCACAAUGGUGUGUGGGGAACUGUCUGUGAUGAUGGUUGGGACAUGGACGACACUCAAGUUGUGUGCAGACAGCUGGGAUAUAGCGCAGUAAGUUUUGCGAUUGAAGCAUACUACGGCGAAGGCAUAGAACCAACAUGGAUGGAUUCUGUCGGUUGCAAUGGAAAUGAACGUAGACUGGCUGAGUGUGCGUUCCCAGGAUGGCAAAAUGAAAACUGCGGUCAUGGCGAAGAUGUAGGAGUAAAAUGUGGACAAGUAGGGUCGACUACCCCAGAUGUAAUUACAACAUUCUCUCCAAUGAGUUCUACUGCGGCAUCUGAAGGAAACAAUGUGAUUGCCUUUGACACACCAAUACAGACCUCAGGUAGGGAUCCCACAGACUACACAUACACACUGUUGAGUGAAUAUGGAUAUGUUCUCCGGUCAAACUCGAUCGUAUUUGAGGUGAAAGCUUGUAGUGAUGCCCAUGUAGCACUAAAGGAAGAUGAAAACCCUGAUGGAAAUCUGUAUGAGAUUGUCAUUGGUGGCUGGUUAAACACCAAAUCUGUGAUCCGUACAGUGAAGCAAGGUGACAGUAAAGUGGAACACACAGGAAGAGUUUUGGAUUGUAAUAGGUACAAGCGGUUUAAUGUAAGCUGGUCAAGGGGUGUUGUGACCGUAAUGAGGGAUACAGACUCUGGCUGGGUACCGCUGAUGACUUGGAGUGACCUCGCUGGGGGACUGAAUGUCCAGUUUGUGGGAUUAUCAACUGCAAGGUGGAGUAGUGGUUCCUGGAAGGUUGACCAGACAGAUGAAGGAUCUAUAAGACUCGUUAAUGGUGGGACACAGUAUGAGGGCCGUAUAGAAAUCUACCAUAGCGGACGCUGGGGAACAGUAUGUGACGACUCUUGGGACAACACAGAUGCCAGAGUUGUCUGUCGACAGCUCGGUUAUCGUGGAGGCACUUACACAAGAGAAGCACAAUUCGGUGCUGGAUCAGAGCCAACCUGGAUGGACGAUGUGGCAUGUGAUGGUGACGAAAGUAGAUUAGCCGAAUGCGACUUUCGAGGAUGGGGAUCAGAAAACUGUGGUCAUAGCGAGGAUGCUGGUGUAAUAUGUGAUCCACCAGUCUUGACUUCGCCUCCGCCUACUAAGCCUACUACCACGACUCAGUCUCCAACCACGGAUACAUCAGCACAAGAAGGAGAUGUACGCCUAGUUGAUGGUCCAUCUGUGAUGGAAGGACGAGUGGAGAUAUACCACGCUGGUCAGUGGGGAACAGUCUGUGAUGAUGACUGGGACAUGAUCAAUACUCAAGUUGUGUGCAGACAGCUAGGAUACGAAGCGGUAAGGUUUGCUCCUGAAUCAUUCUACGGUGGCGGCAGCGAACCAACAUGGAUGGAUAGUGUCAACUGCGAAGGGAACGAAGGAAGAUUGGCUGACUGUUUGUUUGCAGGAUGGCAAAAUGAGGAUUGUGGUCAUAAGGAAGAUGUAGGAGUUACAUGUAUACCAAAAGGGGGGACUACACAGGAAGUCACUGCCCCACCCGUUACAACGUUCGCUCCAACAAGUACUACUGGUCUUGUUGAAGGAUCAGUACGACUAGUAAACGGAGAAUCACAGUAUGAGGGACGUAUAGAAAUCUACCAUGACGGACGUUGGGGAACGGUUUGUGACGACUUGUGGGAAGACGUCGAUGCUAGAGUCGUAUGUAGCCAACUUGGAUACAAUGGAGGUACCGCUUUACCAGGAGCACAUUUCGGUGCUGGAUCAGAGCCAACAUGGAUGGAUGAUGUUGAAUGCACUGGAUCAGAAUCACAAUUGCAGUUUUGUCGCUUUCCGGGAUGGCAAACCGAAAACUGUGGCCAUGGAGAGGAUGCAAGUGUAAGGUGUCUUCCACCAUCUUCGCCUCCGACUACCACCACAUAUCCAUCCACCAGCUCAUCUCCGUACUCAACCUCGUCAUCAACGCCUCAGGGAUCAGUACGACUAGUAAACGGAGAAUCACAGUAUGAGGGACGUAUAGAAAUCUACCAUGACGGACGUUGGGGAACGGUUUGUGACGACUUGUGGGAAGAUGUCGAUGCUAGAGUCGUAUGUAGCCAACUUGGGUACAAUGGAGGUACCGCUUUACCAGGAGCACAUUUCGGUGCUGGAUCAGAGCCAACAUGGAUGGAUGAUGUUGAAUGCACUGGAUCAGAAUCACAAUUGCAGUUUUGUCGCUUUCCGGGAUGGCAAACCGAAAACUGUGGCCAUGGAGAGGAUGCAAGUGUAAGGUGUCUUCCACCAUCUUCGCCUCCGACUACCACCACAUAUCCAUCCACCAGCUCAUCUCCGUACUCAACCUCGUCAUCAACGCCUCAGGGAUCAGUACGACUAGUAAACGGAGAAUCACAGUAUGAGGGACGUAUAGAAAUCUACCAUGACGGACGUUGGGGAACGGUUUGUGACGACUUGUGGGAAGACGUCGAUGCUAGAGUCGUAUGUAGCCAACUUGGAUACAAUGGAGGUACCGCUUUACCAGGAGCACAUUUCGGUGCUGGAUCAGAGCCAACAUGGAUGGAUGAUGUUGAAUGCACUGGAUCAGAAUCACAAUUGCAGUUUUGUCGCUUUCCGGGAUGGCAAACCGAAAACUGUGGCCAUGGAGAGGAUGCAAGUGUAAGGUGUCUUCCACCAUCUUCGCCUCCGACUACCACCACAUAUCCAUCCACCAGCUCAUCUCCGUACUCAACCUCGUCAUCAACGCCUCAGGGAUCAGUACGACUAGUAAACGGAGAAUCACAGUAUGAGGGACGUAUAGAAAUCUACCAUGACGGACGUUGGGGAACGGUUUGUGACGACUUGUGGGAAGAUGUCGAUGCUAGAGUCGUAUGUAGCCAACUUGGAUACAAUGGAGGUACCGCUUUACGAGAAGCACAUUUCGGUGCUGGAUCAGAGCCAACAUGGAUGGAUGAUGUUGAAUGCACUGGAUCAGAAUCACAAUUGCAGUUUUGUCGCUUUCCGGGAUGGCAAACCGAAAACUGUGGCCAUGGAGAGGAUGCAAGUGUAAGGUGUCUUCCACCAUCUUCGCCUCCGACUACCACCACAUAUCCAUCCACCAGCUCACCUCCGUACUCAACCUCGUCAUCAACGCCUCAGGGAUCAGUACGACUAGUAAACGGAGAAUCACAGUAUGAGGGACGUAUAGAAAUCUACCAUGACGGACGUUGGGGAACGGUUUGUGACGACUUGUGGGAAGAUGUCGAUGCUAGAGUCGUAUGUAGCCAACUUGGAUACAAUGGAGGUACCGCUUUACCAGGAGCACAUUUCGGUGCUGGAUCAGAGCCAACAUGGAUGGAUGAUGUUGAAUGCACUGGAUCAGAAUCACAAUUGCAGUUUUGUCGCUUUCCGGGAUGGCAAACCGAAAACUGUGGCCAUGGAGAGGAUGCAAGUGUAAGGUGUCUUCCACCAUCUUCGCCUCCGACUACCACCACAUAUCCAUCCACCAGCUCAUCUCCGUACUCAACCUCGUCAUCAACGCCUCAGGGAUCAGUACGACUAGUAAACGGAAAAUCACAGUAUGAGGGACGUAUAGAAAUCUACCAUGACGGACGUUGGGGAACGGUUUGUGACGACUUGUGGGAAGAUGUCGAUGCUAGAGUCGUAUGUAGACAACUUGGAUACAGCGGAGGUACAUUUACACGAGAGGCGUCAUUCGGAGCUGGUUCAGAACCAACAUGGAUGGACGAUGUAUCAUGCUCUGGAGACGAAUCUAGACUGAUGGAUUGUAGUUUCCCAGGAUGGGGGACAGAAAACUGUGGUCAUGGGGAAGAUGCCGGUGUAAUAUGUUCACCGCCAUCAUCUACAAGCUCCCCUAUGAACAUUACCACCACAUCAACACCUCAAGGAUCAGUACGACUCGUUAAUGGUGGAUCACAGUAUGAGGGACGUAUUGAAAUCUACUAUGAUGGACGUUGGGGAACGGUUUGUGACGACUCGUGGGAAGACGUCGAUGCGAGAGUUGUAUGUAGACAACUUGGAUACAGCGGAGGUUCUUUUACACGAGAGGCGUCAUUCGGUGCUGGGUCAGAACCAACAUGGAUGGACGAUGUGGAUUGUUCUGGAGACGAAUCUAGGCUGAUGGAUUGUAGUUUCCGAGGAUGGGGUACAGAAAACUGUGGUCAUGGGGAAGAUGCCGGUGUAAUAUGUUCGCCGCCAUCGUCGACAAGCUCGCCUUCGUACUCUACCACCACAUCAACACCUCAAGGAUCAGUACGACUCGUUAAUGGUGGAUCACAGUAUGAGGGACGUAUAGAAAUCUAUCAUGAUGGCCGUUGGGGAACGGUUUGUGACGACUUGUGGGAAGAUGUCGAUGCGAGAGUCGUAUGUAGACAACUUGGAUACAGCGGAGGUACAUUUACACGAGAAGCGUCAUUCGGAGCUGGUUCAGAACCAACAUGGAUGGACGAUGUAUCAUGCUCCGGAGACGAAUCUAGACUGAUGGAUUGUAGUUUCCCAGGAUGGGGGACAGAAAACUGUGGUCAUGGGGAAGAUGCCGGUGUAAUAUGUUCACCGCCAUCAUCUACAAUCUCCCCUAUGAACAUUACCACCACAUCAACACCUCAAGGAUCAGUACGACUCGUUAAUGGUGGAUCACAGUAUGAGGGUCGUAUUGAAAUCUACCAUGAUGGACGUUGGGGAACGGUUUGUGACGACUUGUGGGAAGAUAUCGAUGCUAGAGUCGUAUGUAAACAACUUGGAUACAGCGGAGGAACAUUUACACGAGAGGCGUCAUUCGGUGCUGGAUCAGAACCAACAUGGAUGGACGAUGUAUCAUGCUCUGGAGACGAAUCUAGACUGAUGGAUUGUAGUUUCCCAGGAUGGGGGACAGAAAACUGUGGUCAUGGGGAAGAUGCUGGUGUGAUAUGUUCGCCGCCAUCAUCUACAAGCUCCCCUAUGAACACUACCAACACAUCAACACCUCCAUGGACAGAGGUGACUGAAGAAACAUCAACAUCCGUGCCAGAAAUGACAGCAGAACCAGAAGGAACGGGUGAACCUGAAAUGACAGCAGGACCAGAAGGAACGGGUGAACCUGAAAUGACAGCAGAACCAGAAGGAACGCGUGAACCUGAAAUGACAGCAAUACCAGAGCCAACGCCAGCAUAUUGUAAUCCGGAGAGUGAUUACCAAUGUAUGUCCAAUGACCAAUGUGUGCCAGUGACAAUGCUGUGUAAUGGGCAGAAUGACUGUAUAGAUGGAUCGGAUGAGGAGCCAUGCAAUAACUAUCAGAACAUUACUGUACCAGUCGGAUCCUCUGUGGACUUCACUUGCGCUUCAAACUAUUCCCUUGAAAACGUGGCGGUAACGUGGAUAUAUAGACGUUUCAACAGCUCCGACAUGAACAUCAUUGCCGUGAACAAUUUCAUCAUUGCCUCUGCAGAAUUUUCCGUAAUUAAGAUAAAUGAUCGUCUCCGUAUGUUACGUAUCGACAACACUACAGAAGAACGCUCUGGUGAAUACGUGUGUAAAACGGAGAUACAACAGAUUGCCUCACAUAAUUUGAAUGUUAUAGCGAAUACUACUGAGAACACGGGAGAAGUAUGCAACAUUCAGACAAUGAUGCAAUGUAUAGAGCCAGUCUCUGACAUUGGUAGUCUUGGAGGAGGCCUAGAGGAUGCCAAACGAAUAUGCAGAACCAUCUACCCAGAACUGAUUUCAUGUAUCGACAGCAUACCUUCUGUUUGUAUUGAGGAAUCCAUGUUUGCUCAAAUACAGAUUGCCAAGCAGCAACUAGAAACAGUUUGCCAAAUGAUUGGCGGCGGUAACGAAGAUGAAAAUACAGGCAAUGGUGCCGACAACACACAAUGCGAUUCCCAGGCAAUAUUAAAUUGCCUAGAGCCGGUCACGAACGUUGGUAAUCUAGGAGGUGAUAUGGAGGCAGUUAGGCGAGUCUGCAGCACUAUCUUCCCAGAAUUUGUGUCUUGUAUGGACAACCUGCCCUCUUCGUGUACAGUUAAUCCGCUUUUUACACAAGUACAGGUGGUUAAACAACAACUCGAACCUGUCUGUCAAAUGGUCGGAGGAGACAAUGCUGGUAAUUCAGGUGAGGGCGAUGGCGGCACAUCAUGCAACAUUCAGGAAGCAUUACAAUGCAUAGCGCCUCUGGCGGAAAUGGGCGAUAUCGGUACUAAUCCGGAACUGCUUAACCGAACGUGCAGUACUGUUUUCCCUGAGGUGACUACCUGUAUCAAUAACCUACCUCCUUCCUGUACCUCUGACCCUAUGUUCACACAGAUAGAGGUCGCCACACAACAAUUACAAACUAUCUGCCAAAUGACCAGAACCUGUGAUUUAUCUGCAUUUAAGACAUGUUUGGAUCCCCUACUAAUACUUGAUGUAUACAGUUCGAACGGGACCACUGGUCAGGCACUUGUCCAAGGAUACUGUCGAGUAAUGCAAGAAUAUAACAGAUGCACCAGCAAAGCGCCACCUGGCUGUCAGACUUUGAUUUCAGGCGAUGUCUUCCUUACUGACCUUAUAUGCGAAAUCAGUAUAGAAGACAAAGCCUGUAACUUUUCUGGUCUGCUUGGAUGCUCGUUACCGCUGACAAUGUUCGCUGUGAAAAAGACACUUGGUCUCCGAACAGAACUAAGUGAAGACUGCAGGGUCUUGGCCAGUUUCAAAACAUGUAUGGAACCCAUCCGUCCAGACUGCGCUAACGACAGUGCUGUGGUAGAGGAAAUAAACAAAUUGUACAGUGUUACCAAUGUUCCAGCCUGCAGUUAUACAUCAACUACCCCUUCGCUAUGCACCACUGAUGAUAUACAAGGAGGAGAGGUAUUACUUUGGCCAAGGAAUCCAACUUCUUCCACGAGUACUGACACAAUAGCAGAAUGUACAGAAGCUAUCUGUCGCCCACCAUCAUAUGGAUUGCUCCCAGAGGCAGCAGUGACGAGGAGAUUGUCGGAAGAAGAAGAUGUGGGCUUUUAUUGUGAUUCCUAUGACAGGGGAACAGUAGCGGCCGUGCUAGAAGCACCAGGCAAGACAUUCCAUAGGUGUAACUGUCCAGGUGUCACCUGUGGACCUGGAUCAACGAUGUGCUCCAAAUCGGGAGAAUGUAUUGUCAAUGAAAGCGUAUGUGACGGUCAGACUGAUUGUAGUGAUAACUCGGACGAGGAGAGCUGUGAUGAAGUGGUGAUCAAAACAGAACGAGAAAUGAGCGGUAUAGUGAUGAUGAAGUAUCGGUCACUCACAACACUGGUGUGUGACCAGGGUAUAAACUUUUCCGACCGAGAAGCCAGUGUAAUUUGUAAAGAGAUGGGAUACAGGAGAGGAACCCGAUCUUCUUCAGGCAGGAAAGUACUCGAUACACAGGCGUGGCUUACCCUUACUUGUGAGGAAACUGCAACAACAAUGUCUGAAUGUGUACAAGAGUGGCUUGUUUCGCGAUACGCAUGCGCCAGCAUGAUACCUGCGGCCGUCAUUUGUUAUUCUUAACGAGAAUGUCUUGAUAUAGUUUUAUGUUGUAGUUCUUCUUACUACCUGGUAUAUGUAAUUAGUUCCGAUUAAAUUCAUAUGAUCUACAUUUCCUCACUUAAACAUCAUUUCUUUUAAUUUAUAUUACUUCAUAAAAUGUAAUGAAUUAACACUUUCUUUUAUCUUAACUUUUAUGCGGAAAAUGGGAAUUUUCUCUGUAAUAACAUGACAAGUGCUUAAUAUAGCCACAUCUGACGUCGAACUGACCAAAUAGCUGCACGUGCGCACCUAUUAAGAUUGAUGCAAUAUGUCAACAAAAACCACCAGGCGUUGUCGUGGUAGGUGAUAGGGGACCAAACAAUUCGUUCUUAUCAAAAUUCAGUCUCUGUUAUAUGACUAUCAGAUCUUUAGUCUGGAUAAAUAACUUUUAUCACGAAUAUGCCUAAAAACCGACCACUCUUUGUAAAUAAAUGAGAAAUGGUGCAUAUCUGGAACACAUCAGUAUCUUUCAUUCAGAAAUGUUCCAAAAAAUUACAAAAUUUAUUUGUCAGUCGAUGAUUUUACCAGAUUAUUUUCUGCUUCUGACCGAUCAAUCAUACGUAGUGAACAUGUUCAUCAAUUUAAAACAACCACUGAUCAUAUCUACAUAAAGCAUAUUAAAGUAUAGACGUGGGCACCCUUUUAUCCAUAUCUUACUUUGGUCAUAUUUUUAAAGAUUUUUUAAGUCGGAAAUAUCACGUCAAUUCCAAUAAUGAUGGUGAAAAUAAAAUAAUACAAUCAUUUAUUUAUUCAGCAUGAGAGUUUUUCACCCGCUGAACAUCAUUUGUUCACACGAAUAGUGUAGAUCCUAUAACGUAUAAAAUAUGUGUUAAUAUGAAACAGGUGAGUGUAUAAUCGAUACAAAUGAUGUAACCGUGAUUAGUAUACAUCAAUUAUGUACAAUGUAUACUGUAUAUACCCCGGUGUAGGAUUUGGUAAAGAGAAGACGUCUGAACUUCGCUUUUCUGACAUGGGGUGUGAUCAUUAUAAUAACUUAAUUACAUGCCGUGUAUUCUUAUCUUUUAAACUAAACUUCUUGACGGAUGCAAAUGUAUAUGCUAUUGCUGGAUGUUUCAGCUAUCUUUAAUAAACUUUAUUUUUCCAUAGAAAUUGUA